GGCCUGCGCAGUGGGCCUGCGCAGCACGGCCCGUCAGGCACUGCGGUAGGCGCCCCGGGCGCUGGCAGGACCCUGGCCCCAAGAUGGCAGCGCCCAGCGAAGCGGCCGCGGCAGCCUUCGGAGAACGCGAUAGAGGGGGCGGGGGUUUUAGAUCGUGGCUGGACGGACGUUUGGAGGCGCUGGGAGUGGACCAAGCAGUUUACGGCGCCUACAUCCUUGGUGUCCUGAAAGAAGAAGAGGAGGAAGAGAAGCUGGAUGCUCUGCAGGGCAUCCUCUCUGCUUUCCUGGAAGAAGAUUCUCUCCUGGACAUUUGCAAAGAGAUUGUGGAACGAUGGUCGGAAACACAGAACGUUGUCACCAAAGUGAAGAAAGAAGAUGAAGUACAGGCCAUCGCCUCCCUAAUUGAGAAGCAGGCACAGAUUGUGGUGAAACCCAGGAUGGUGUCAGAAGAGGAGAAGCAGAGAAAAGCUGCCCUGCUGGCCCAGUAUGCUGAUGUGACAGAUGAAGAAGAUGAAGCAGAUGAGAAGGAGGAUUCAAGUGCCACGACGACAAACCUCGGUUCUGACAAAUCCCUGUUCCGAAAUACCAAUGUGGAAGAUGUUCUCAAUGCUCGGAAAUUGGAACGAGAUUCACUUCGAGAUGAGUCUCAAAGGAAGAAGGAACAGGACAAACUACAGAGGGAGAGGGACAAACUAGCCAAGCAGGAGCGCAAAGAAAAAGAAAAGAAAAGGACACAGAGAGGGGAGCGAAAACGAUAACCUUGGCCUACUCUAUUGUUUCCUCCAUGAACUUGAUCAAAGGGAGGACUGGUUGAGAAUAUGUCUAUCUAAGCAAUGAGAAACCUUUGCAAAAUGAUUUCCCAAGGCAUUUCUCCUUUUGUUAUAACAUGGUCAAAAGGAAAAUCACAAUCACAUUUAAUUAUAAAAUGUGCCAACUUUUUGGUGACGUCGGCAAUCAGA